GGACGUGGAAACCGAUAAAGAGACUCGUGACACGGCAUCUUUUAGUGAUACAGACUCAGAAUGUAGCUCAUUCUACAAAGCGUGUUUUCUGGAAAAUACGUGUGUUACUGUAUGUGUCUUUUGAGUUGUAUGUCGCUUAUAAACAGAGUUGCAUCAUGGGAGGUCUUGAAUUUGCACUGGUUCAAAUGCUUUCCUGCAUAGCUGCGCUCCAUUUUGAGAAUUUUGUGUCAGCUGCAGCUUGUCCAGAUGGUACAUUUGGGGUGAACUGUAAGGAACAAUGUGGAAAAUGUUCAAAAAAUAUUUCCUGUGACAAAACUGGAGGUAUGUGUUCAGGUGGCUGUGAGGGGAGAUUUAGGCCUCCACUAUGCAAGAUGAAAUAUCCAGUAUUCGAUGAAGCACCACGUUUCAUCUCACACACUCUAACUUCAAUAACUAUCUCAGUAGAUAACAUCAGUUUUUCUGGAGACAUUUACCCUACUAACUAUCAUCUACAAUAUGUGAAAGUUGAAAGUGCAAAUCAAGGAGGAAGUUGGAUUACAUUUGGUACAUUUGCAUACAGUGCCAAAGUAAAACAGCAUGAAAUACCUUGUUUAGAAGUUCGUUCAAGCUAUGGAGUAAGAGUUGUUCUGAUUGAUGAGACAGGAACAGGUUAUAAUGGCACUGAUAUACCAUGUGCUGUGUACAACACAUCUUGUAUCCAUCCUGAUAAAGUGAAUACACAACUUCUUCAGCAUACCAUCCGAAUAAGUUGGCAGCUAUCUGCUCAUCACUGUAAUGAAGGUUUAUAUGUUUAUGAUGUUAAAGAAAAUGGAAGUAACACCACUGACCCUCAGCUUCCUUUUGGCCUGAAACCAUUUACAGAUUAUAGAUGGACACUGCGGUAUGGGAAUAUGUUAAUUCUUGUAGGCAACAUAACAACCCCUGAAAGUGCUCCAGAACGUCCAGAACACUUGCAGGUUAUAAAACGGACUCCUCAUGCCAUUUGGUUAACAUGGCAACGUCCCAGAGUUACUAAUGGCUUACUGAGGAAGUUUAUCAUAUGUGUAAAAUUACUUUCAUCAGAGCUAAGAAGACAGGACAGAAGCAGGAAACUUCUUGAAGAAGAGAUUAAAGUAACACUUUCCAUGAAUUAUUCAUAUGAAGUGAAAGAUUUGGAGCCAUCGUCAGAAUACAAUGUGUCUGUUCGUGGGAUGACUGUCGAACCUGGUGAACCUGCUGUUUUAAAUUCUGUUAAAACAUCACUGAUUGUACCUGACAUUGGUUCACAACUUAAACUGGUGGAUGAUUAUAUAGCCAGUACCAUACUUCAGGUUAUAAUUCCACCUGCAGAUUCUUUUCUUGCUAAGAACAGCUCAUACUUUGUGGUUGUAACAUCUGAUAAGGAAGAAGUAGCUGCUUCUCUAACAAAGUUAAAAAUGAUGGAAUUUAUUCUGAAGACAGCAAAUGUUAAAAAUGAUGGGCGUUCUUGGAUUGCUGCAGAAAUAGAGCCUCAAGAUGAAGAGCAGCUAUUUAAAGUUGGUGAUAAUAGGAAAAUGAUUUCUGGUACUUCUGGUGAUGUCUACUGGAACCGACCCCUAGAACCUGGCUUAUUAUACGAUUUGACUCUAGUAGCACUCAAUUGGCAGGAUGGUGAAUAUGAGUCCAGUUUUGCAAAAUUGAAGCAUCCUGAUCAGGCUCUGUCUGAAAAGGAAGGUGGCAUUGGCGCUGAGUGGUCUGCAUUGCUUCUGUUGCUGAUAAUACCAGUAGCUGUGUACUUUGUUAUAAGGAAGCCAAAGCAGACUGAGCCUUUUGAAUUGAUUUAUGAAGAUGCUGUUCCUGAAAGACAAGUACCAGAACCUGAUAGAACUCCAGACUAUCAUGCAGCAGAUUACCCAUAUGAAGUAGUGGUAUGAAUACAAAUUACGAAAUAGAUUAUUUUUAAAAAAUAAGGGGACUGAAUGAAAUUUGCUAGUAUAACAACCAGAAUGAAUCCCAGUAGAAUCCUCUUGGUAAUGUAAUCAUUGAGGCAGUCAAGCACCAUUCAUGCAGUGGACUUUGACUUUCAGGAAACUCUGAUAGCAGUGAAAUUAUUCACAAAUGUCAAUUGUGGGCUGAUGAAACAAACUGCCUUCCAUAGCUAUUAUACUUCAUGUAAUAGAGCAUUCACAAAUUGAAGAUAUAGUGGCAAUAACACAUCAAAGAACUCUAUUUAUUAUGCUAUUCAAACAAUUUCUAACUUAUUUUUUCCCCAUAUAUUUUAUAUUAUAUGAGUAUAUUAUUAAAAAUAAAAUUGAGAAAUAUGAAUUGUAUUUCUGGGUGAUGGCCUUGAAGAUGGAUACAAUAUGGAUCUGUGAAUGUUGCCAGUACACUACAUAGUAUUUAAGAUACAUCUGAUACCUAUUUGUUGGGAGACAGAUAAUUAGUAAGUCUGCCCACUAAUUUAUAACAGCUAAUGAUAAUAUAUUCAAAGGAAGGUUAUAUACAUUUCCACAUAAAAUUUCAUAUGUGGAAGGCAAAUUAAAUUCCUUUUAUCUAAACAUUUAGUGACAGAAAUUGAUUAUCCUUUAAGGCCCCAGAAUGUCUUUUAGGACAUGGUAAUUGUAUCACUAGCUCGCCAGCACAGCAUCGUGUAACUUGACUUUGUGAUUGUCAUAUUGGGGUCUGAUCCACUAAAAUAUAUAAGCGUAGUUAAGAAGGAUGAUCAUAUAACCCUCAUAAAUUUCCAUGUCAAAAGGACUAUUUUAAUUUCUAUUAUGCUAAUUUUUACUCAGCCUCGCACAUCAACUAGCAGUUAAGAUUUGUAAGUGGAAAUUACUUACUUAGUAAUUUUUAGAUAAGUAGUGAGCUGAAUGCUGUAAAGUGUCUCAAUAAGUUGAUCUGAUUUGGCAUAUUUGAACCACUUAUUUCAUACUGACAAAUGGUCCUGAAAUAUUUUGAUAUAUUUCUUGAAAUUAUUUCAGAUUGAUUAUAACGUGAUUUCUAGAGUUCGGUUACAAAUACACAUUUAUGUGCUUUAUUUAGGGAUUAUGUGCAAUUAAAUACUUGUGUUAGUAAUUUUUUCUAUAAUUUUGAAUUUCACUGAUGCAACAAAUUGUCAAAAAGUUGAUGUAAUUUACUAGAAUGUUAAUAUGUGCCUGCUUUGAUACAGUGGUUCAUUUCACCAUACCUUUAUAAGUGGUUGUUCUAUUGGUCAGAUAUCCACUGUGUAUUUACAUUAAUAAGUAAAGUUAAGUAAAGCUUCUCGCUACAUGCCUAUUUACAUUAAUUUUCUCAUUUAUAUCACAAAAUGGAUUAUUCAUAUAGCAGGUCCCUUGAAACAUCUCUGCUUGUGUGAAGAAAGUUUAGCAUGAGGACUGUAAAUAGACCACAAAUGAGGAGAGUAGCUCAUAGAUGAGGAGCCAACUGGAAUAUAUGUUCUUUCUGAUUCUAAACAAAAAUUGUCAGAAGGUCCCAGAUGAUGUUAUGUGAAGGGUAGCAGCAGUAAUAGGCAGGUAAAAGGAUUGGCUUGGAUGAAAAUGUACCACUUGAUAUCAAGGAUUAGUCUUAUUCCAAUAAAUACUCAGAAUAUAUUCUCACAUA